GGAGGAGACUGGAGUAAGGGAGGCAUGAGCGUGGCAGAGAAAGCGGAUCCUGAAAUAAGAGAAUAAGGUAUAAAAUGAGACAAAGGCGGGAGCAGCUGAUUGCAGGAGUGCAGACAUCUAUGGAUGAUAGUGAAGCCUGAGGACCUAAGCACACUGGAAUGCUGAAAUGAUGCUCCUUUAACAACCUGCUGGACUCUCCAUCAGCUUUUGAGACUCUGCAACUUCUUCAGAGAAGUGCCUGCUGCAUAAAGCCCCAGGCUCCUGUACAAUGUACCAGUCCAGCUUUGUGCCACGGGAAUAUUACCCAGCCAUGAUCCCACCUUCUGCCUACGCCUACCCACCGCUGCGGCCUGGGAGAGCAGAAGACAUGACCAGCUCCGUGAUGUUCCCUCCCAUCCACACGCACAACUUCUACAGUCGACCCAUCACCUUUGUGGUGGACCAGAACAGCUACCCUGACUAUUCAGGUGGUCAGGUGGAGUAUCAUCAUCUCUAUAGUGCCUCCAAUCCCUAUAUCCAUCCAUACUACACCUGGCACUUCCCUCCCAUGGUCCCCAUCCCUUUCUACAAUCCCUAUGCAAACUACCAUCCAUACGCUGCCUACCAGAGGUCAGAUCAGUAUCGAGACACGUGGCCAGAAGGCUUUACAAUGAGAGGGGAGCUUCAAUGGGGCAAGCUUGGAAAGGUGUUUGGACCAAGGAAAGACCUCCCAGAAUUUGUGAAGGAUGAUCUCCGGAGGGUUUAUGGUACCUACCCACGGACCAAUGUCUCCAUAUCCUAUCGGAAAGGAGAGUUCUUGGUCAAGGGAGACCCCAAGAUAGAAGAGCAGGAAUAUGCAGUGGAAAAAAAAGUCAUCCAGCAGGCUGUGACCCCCAGUGCCAGUGAGGCAGAUGACAGCAGUGAAGACCGAAACCGUAAGAAGAAAAAGAAACUGAGACACUGAUGUAGCCAGUCCCCCAAUGGA